GCAGUAGAGACGUCCCAGACGAUGCCCUAAAGAGGGCGUGUUAUGUUCUCCGUUUUUUAAUGGCUGAUCAUUCCAAAAUCCGACAAUCAUUCUAUAAGCUAUACGGCCGGAUUGCGGUCAUUGGUUUGAAUGAAAACGUGACAGACCUGCCAGAGUACAGUGCUCUGCCUCCAGACAUAAACUACAGGGCUCGUGGCCUGGGACCCACUGAGGCUGUUCCAGUUGUUUCCGGAGCCGAAGAAAAUGUGCUGUGUUACAGGGAGGAUCGUUAUUUGGGGGAAGAUAUACUUCUACACGAGGCUGCCCACGGCGUCCACACGGCAGCUCAACGUGAGCUUUCAGAAUGGCAACGUCGGCUAGUGGAGUCUUUCAGGAAGGCUAACGCUUCUGGUCUUUGGAGCGACACUUAUAGUAGUACGUCUGUGGAAGAAUACAUGGCAGAAGGAGUCCAGAGUUUUUUUGGCGCGAACGCUCACAGCGACCCACCAGACGGCGUGCAUGGUCCUGUGAACACUCCCGAGAAACUGCUACAGUAUGACCCUGAUUUAUAUCAUCUGAUUGAGCUCCUAUUUCCGUGUGGGAAUGUCUUUCUGAAGCCUUGUCAGUCAAGUCGUACUACUGAAUCAGAACAAACUUUAAAGAUGGACUGUGAUGUGACAGGAAAAUAUGAGUUCAAGAUGAAGUCAUUUCUAUCAG